AUGCCCGAUUCAAAACCCAAGCGAGACAUCUACCAGGAAGUCACCGACAAGAUCCUGGACUUCAUCGACCACGGCAACCUGCCGCCGUGGCGUCACCCGAUCGUGCGACACAGAGGCGCCGAUGGCUGGCCGAAGUCUCUCGUCACGGGCAACCGUUACCGCGGCGUCAACGUCUUCUUGCUGGCGAUCACGUCAUGGGUUCGGGGCUAUACCUCGGACGACUGGUUGACGUUCAACCAAGCGAAGAAGGAAGGGGCGAAGAUCCGCAAAGGGGAGAAGGGGAGCUUGGUGGUCUUCUGGAAACAGUACGCCACGACCGACCGGGAGACCGGCGACGAGAUCACUCUGCCGGUGCUCCGGCACUACAACGUCUUCAACGCCGAGCAGUGCGAGAACCUACGGCCGCCCGAGGCGGCGGACGCCGCCCGGCCGCCGCCCAUCGAUCCGAUCCGCGAAGCCGAGAAGAUCGUCUCUGGUUACGAAAGCCCGCCUACGAUCGAGCACGCCGGCACUGUCGCCGUCUAUUAUCCCCGCAUCGACCGGAUCAAGAUCGCCAGCCCCGAAUGGUUCUCGUCGGCGGAGUCGUACUACGCCACACUCUUCCACGAACUGGCCCAUUCGACCGGCCACGAGAAACGCCUCAACCGCAAGCGCGAGGAGGGCGCCCACGUCUUCGGCAGUCCCAGCUACUCGAAAGAAGAAUUGGUCGCCGAGUUCGGGUCGGCGUUCCUCUGCGCGGCGGCCGGCAUCGGCCCGCCCACGAUCGAACAGUCGGCCGCCUAUAUCGACGGCUGGCGGAAAAAGCUGAGGGACGACAAGAAACUUGUCGUGCAAGCGGCGGGGCUGGGGCAACGGGCGGCCGAUCAUGUCCUCGGCGUCAGCUUCACGCCGGGGGAUGCGCCGCCAGCUCGAGGACCGCCUUUGCGGACGAUCAGCGAUCCUCUACAACCGGGUCGGGACCGGCAUUUGGCCAUCGAACCCGAGAGAUUUGUCUAUUCGGAUGGACAAACGGAGCGACGACGCCGACCCGCUGCGCGCAUUUUGGUCGUCGUCGACAAUGCAGGGAUUUCCCCCUCAAUGAGCGCGGUCGGCUGGCUUUGGUACCUUAGCCUCAGCACUGGGGAAUUCGAGAUGGCAACCACCACUCCGCUGGAGCGGCGGCGCGGCGUACGAGAGAUGCUGAGCGUGUUCGCUGACCGAUGCCGGUCCAUGCGAAAGGUGAGCACGCCCCACUGCGGCGCCGCGUUCUCCGAUCGAUUGGCGGCAUGCAAGAUGUUCGCGGGGUGCGCCGCGCCGACCACGCCACGGCACAGCGCCUAUGUUGUCGGAACUGGAGCGGCAAUCCUCAGUGCAUGGAGCUUGAACCCCUUAGAACACCUCUUGGGCGAAGUGCUGGGCCCAGGCUGGAAAAGCGGCGUCGGCAAUUUGCCCGUGCUCAAGAGCGAGGUCAGGCGAUUCUGUCUUGCAUCGGGCGACGGUGACGAGUUCAAGUGGCCCCUGAUCAUCCACGUCUCGCGAUGGGAGUACUCCGCCAAUUUUCUCUUGGAACAAGAGCAUGGGCUGGUCGAGAGGAGUUUCCGCUUGGAGGGCGACAUGAGGAUGAUCGACCCCGCCGACUACAAGAGACCUCCGGUGGGGCGCUUCGAACGAUCCAGCCGGUCCUUCGGUGUGCCUUUCAUCGCUGACCGAUGGACGUUUGCCGACGAGAGGGGCGGCGUCAUACCAGCGGGUGAGUUGCCGAUUUUGCGAACGGCGGCCGAUCGCAUCGGCAGGGGCGGGGUAAUUGGAGCAUCGACGCACGGCUAUCGAGAGAAUUUCUUGAUCGCGAAAGACUCAAGGGCGGCGGCCAGCUAUCAGGCGGCGGGAGAAAUCAUCCUGGAGCACUGCCCGAUUGUUUACCUUGACGGCAGGCCACGAAAGAUCGGCGCCUCCGACCUGCGGGUUGUGUGCGCCCGUUUUACGGCUCCGCCCGGUUGCAAGGAUUGGGAGUUCUCGAUCGCCAAGAGGCUGGUCUAUUCCCUGCGACCGGCGGAUUUAGCGCUCAUGCAGCGGAUCACGGCGUCGAGCGUUGCGGUAGAGUUUUUCAUGGCCUACCCCCAGAUUGAAGACGCGAUAGCCGCCGCCUUACGUUGA